AUGCUUACGACGUUGCGGAGUGGUGUGGUGUCGACAUCACAACAUGCAAAUUAUCAACAAACAACAACAACUACUAGUAGUUCAGCUCAAUUCUCACAGGAGCAGUUCAAUCGAUUGAAAGAGCAACUCGCUCAAGUCAGUGCGGAGCUGCAGCAAAAGAACCGAGAGUUGGACGAUCUCAUUACCUAUUCCACUGCACUCGAGGUCAAGCUGAUAUCGAUCGGUGCCGACGAAACACAAUGGGAAUGUCAGAGAUACACACAUCAGGACCGUCAUGACGACCCGACCUUUGACAGAGUACUGUCGAUCGAAUCGAUGGUGAAUAUACAGGAUUCGCGAAUGAGACCGUCUCUCGAGAUAUCCGCAUCGAAAUGCUUCAAAGAGACAAUGGAUAAACCGAUAAAGUUGAUGUGUUCGAAAUUCAAUGCAGAAUCGAUACCAAGGAAAUACUCACAGUCUAUAUUAUCAAAAGUAUCAUCUCAUGCUGACAACACAGAGAAUAUCACAGUUGAGAAUAAUAAUCAAUAUAUUACAGGUGGAAUCUUCAACUUUAGAAAUGGGGAGUUCAAGUGGUUCGAAGAAGUCUAUUUCGAUAGCUAUAAUGUUGCACCAAGUUUCGGAAGUAGUUGGGGUGAUUUCAAUAACGAUGGAUAUCCCGAUCUCUAUGUAAACAAUCACUAUUGGACACCGGCUCUAUAUCUUAAUCUAAAGAAUGGUUCAUUUGAAAACAUUGCAUUGAAAUCAAUACCUUUUCUUAAUGAGGAUUUUAAGAAUAAAUUUAUAGAUAAACAUGGAGGUGCAUGGGCAGAUUUCGAUAAGGAUGGACAAUUGGAUUUUUUUGAAGUUACAGGUGCCAAGUAUGGAACCAGUGCGAUUCCAAACAAUCUGUUUAGAAAUCACAAUGGACUAUUGAUUGACGAAGCAAAGAUGAGAGGUGUCGACUAUCCAUUGGCACGUGCAAGAACCAUCUCAUGGGUCGACUAUGACAACGAUGGUCAUCUCGAUGCAUUCAUAGCUGCACAAAAACGUGGAGAUGGACAAGGUAAACCUGUUCUAUUCCGACAAAAUCCAUUGAAUAAUACUUUUGUCAAUGUGAACGAUGUAUAUUCAAAUGUUUUAUUUGCACAUUCAACAGAUAUUGAUAAUGAUGGUGUGCUAGAAUUCUUUUUAUUGUCAUUUACAUUUCCUUUCAAGGUUUAUCAUGCUAAUCAAUAUCCAUUUAAAGAUGUUACUACCGAUAUUUUCAAUUUCAAUUUGACGGCUGUAAAGAAAUACUUUGGCAAAGUAGAAGAACAUGCUCAUGAAGUAAAUACUUGGAUUCCACCAUCCGAAGACACUGGUUACUUCUCGAUUAUCAGUGACACUGUCUUUGGUGACAUCGAUGGAAACACCUGGCAAGAUAUAGUAAUCGCAAGAAACUACUAUGGAAAAUGUAUAGUUGAAAUAUUUUAUAAUCAAGGCUAUGAAAGUCAUACAGAAAGAUGUUUAAUUAACAAUGUUAUAACAGAAUUGGUGGAAUGGAAAAUUAAACAAAUUUAUAGUAAAGCCGGUGUUACAUGCGGAGCGUUGGCAGUUGGCGAUUUCGAUAACGAUAGAGAUUUGGAUAUAUUUCUAUUGACCUAUUUGCCAUAUUCCAACUCACCUAAUGUAUUUUUUAUCAAUAAGGGUGGCAUGGAAUUUUUAGUGAAGGAAGACGGUCUUGGCGCCGCUGGCUCAACCUUUGGAAAGGCAGAGUCAGUGUCGGUCGCCGACUACGAUGUCGACGGUAGACUCGACCUUUUCAUUACGAAUGGCAAAGGAUCGCCACCCUUUGACGUGGGACCAACACAGUUGUUCCACAACAUCGAGAAACAGAGGAACUGGAUUGAAAUCGAUGUCGUCGGUAUCACAGAGAAUCCACAUGGAUUCGGAGGAAGAGUAUUCCUGCGGUCUUGCGGAACCACACAGAUUCGCGACAUUGAGAAUGGUGUUCACUUUUCAUCGCAAAACUCAUUCCGUAUUCAUUUCGGACUCGGAAAGUGUCCGACCAUCGAUGAGAUUAAAGUGUGGUGGCCUAGAUCACAGAAAUUCCAAUCAAAGAAAUCAAUCAAACCCAAUCAAGUUUUGUUAUUCAAAGAGAAUCUACAAUAA